AUGAGCCUAUUCUAUAAGGGUUGGUUUGCUAAAAUAAUUGAGAUCAAAGAAGAUACCGAUUCACAAGAAGGAAUACUGGGGCAUGGAGGUUAUGGGAUUGUCUAUAGAGGGAAGAUGAAGAUUGAAAACAUAAAUAAUUCAAUGGAAACAAAAGAAGUUCCUAUAGCUAUAAAAAGAAUUUAAAUUUCAACUGAUUAGUAAAAAAAAUGAUAUUUUAGAAAUCAAAAAACACAGAUAGAAUAUAUAAAAAGAGAACUUUCAGUAUAUGAGUAAAUUAAAUCAAAAAAUAUAGUUUAAUUGUACGGGAGUGAAUAAAAGGAUAAUUAUUACUAUUUAUAUUUAGAAUUAUGCGAUGGAAAUCUUUUGAAUUAUAUAACUGAUGAGAAUGGAGAUGCACCACUUAAGGAAGAGGAAGCACUUAGAUAUUUCAUAAAAAUUUAUGAUACUCUUUAAUUGUUGAAGAACUCUGAAUAUGAAAGAACUGGAGAUAAAUUAAUGACAUCUUUGUAUCAUAGAGAUAUUAACGUUAAAAAUAUUCUUUACAAAAAGAGUAAAACAGGAAAUCGGAUAAAAUUAUGUGAUUUUGGUAUAUCUCAAUAUUUAGCUGAUUCAGAUCAUAAAAAUUAAAAAAGGCUUGUGACCUUAAAUAUGGGAACUCAAGUAAAAAUAUACGAUUUCAAAUCUAGUAUUUUAUGAGUCCAGAGAAUAAUCAGCGAAAAUUGUAUGACUUAGAAAAAAAUGAAACUUGGAGUUUAGGAAUAUUACUAUUUUGCCUACUAUUUGGUUAUUAAUUAUUCCGUAAUAAUUGCAAAAAAUUUUAACCUGAUUCUAGUGAGGAUCAUUUUAAACUUAUAAAUCAACUUACAGAUUCUAUUGAGGUAAAGUAAUUAUUAUUCGGAUUAUUACAAAAAGACCCAUCAAACAGAAUUUGCUAUCAAUAAAUUAGGGAUUCUUAAUGUUAUAAAUUGUAUGGAAAUACUUCAUUCAAAAAAUCUUACAUUCCUCAAAGUAUUUAUCAUCUAAUAGAAAGAUCAAUUUGAAUAUUUAACCUAAUUAUUUAUAACUAUGGAUCGAAAUCUAUUCAAUUAAAUUCCUUAAGAUCUACUAUUUAUGAUAUUCUAUCAUUAUAAAAAUUGGGUCUAUAAACAAUGUGAUAAUUAUAGUGGAUUUUAUAAGAUGAUAGACUAAAAAGAUCUGUUCCUAUCUGCCCCAAAAAAUUUAAUUGUUUAUGGUAUGAUACCAAUAUAUUUAUCAAAAUUAUAUUAGUUUUUUCAAAAUAUACAAUUUGAAACAGAAACACAGAAUGAUGACUAAGUCAUCUCAUUUUGGAGAAAAGUCACUUAAUUAAAUAAAAGGUUUAUGUAUUAAGAUAAGCAAAAGUAUUAUUUAAUUAAUAUUCUUUCUGAAAUUCUUGAUAAAUUAUAGCUUGAAUUAUGUAGACUUUAAGAGUAAAAUGUAGAAUUGAACAAAAAAGUAACUUAAAAAAAAGAAAAUAAAAAAUAAGAAAAAUUAAAUAUAAAAAUAUAAACUAUAAAAUAAUAGGAGAAUCAAAAACAAAAUUAAUUUAAUCAAUUGAAUGAAUUGAUUUUAAAUUUAACACAAUAUUUUGAAUGGAAAAUGUAAAAUCCUUAUGAUUCUUAAUUUAAAUAAUUGAAAAAAUAUAAUUGA